AUGCUAAAAACUGAUGAUGGCGUUGAACUUUACAAGGACGACGAAAAGGCUGAGCAUCUGUCCAGGUUCUUUCAGUCGGUUUUUACGAGAGAAGUCGCUGUACCCACUGAUCACUGUAAUGUGGACAAUGUCCCGACAAUUGACUCAGUGGUUCUCACAAAACCUAUUGUUCAACAGGAAUUACUGAAGCUAAAAGAAGGGACUUCGCCCGGUCCUGACGAAAUACCGGCAAAGUUGUUGAAGGAAUUAGCCACAGAAUUGGCAGAACCUCUGAGCGUCCUCUUCCAAGCCUCUCUUGAUGCAGGCAGACUGCCUCCUGAGUGGAAGACUGCGUGGAUUUCACCGAUUCAUAAAAAUGGCAGUCGCGCUUCCGCAAACAACUACCGACCAGUAAGCCUCACCUCCAUAUGCUGCAAAGUUAUGGAGCGAAUAAUCAAACGCGAACUGAUGCGGUUUUUAGAGCAAAAUCAUCUUCUGUGCGAUGCACAGCACGGUUUCCGCAGAGGGAGGUCCUGCUUAACCAAUCUACUCUACUGUCUUGAACAGUGGACCCGAGCGAUUGAUGAAGGAAACGUUGUGCAUGUGACCUACAUAGACUUCAAGAAGGCCUUUGACAGCGUGCCACAUCAACGUCUCCUACACAAGCUCAGCCGCAAAGGGGUAAGAGGCAAGCUUUUGAAGUAGAUUGAAAACUUUUUGGUCGGUCGGUCUCAGACUGUUCGUCUUGUUGGCCAGCACUCGGCAGAGGUGACGGUUAAGAGCGGAGUACCUCAGGGCUCCGUCCUUAGCCCUAUCCUCUUCCUCAUCUAUACUGAUGACUGUAUCCAUGGAUUGGACUGCAAGAUUGCCAUGUUUGCUGACGAUAUAAAGCUUUGGACCGUCAUCCGCAACGAGGACGAUGAAGCAAAUUAA